AUGAGAAGAAGUUUUUUCAAUAAUUAUAGAAAUAUAAUCACAACAUCAACAGAAAACGACUCCUGUCACUCAUCCGACCUUGACCUACAAAAUCCCAGUGGCUGUCAUACCCAGUGGCCGCAGUCUCGCCCCACGUGUUACAAAUCAUCCGAAUUCAAAUUACACAACAGCAGGAAGAAGAAGUUUCACAGGAGCUCGAGUUUUCCGAACAUUCCCGAUAAAUUUUCCAUUGAUAACCGUCAACAUCACCAGAUAACUUAUCUCGAGGGUACGUCGAGGCAAAAACUUCGGAAGGAGGGAACACCGAGGAUAUUGAGAGCAAUAAGACGUUACAGUGGAAAAGAUUUCAUUACUCAAAUGGGUUUAGUGAACGCGGAGGACAAGUCCUUAUCGCUGAAGAGAGAUAACAGCAAGAGUGACGUUGUUAUCUUGUACCAGGGUGAACCGACGUCUAACCAGAAUCCGCCCUCCUCAACAACCUCAAAGACCCUAGUUCGCACCUCUAAAUCCGACCACACAGUAGUAACGCAGUCCCUCCCAUCUAAUCAACAUUCUAGGGACAGCCCCAGAAUACCCCCAAAAUUAUUGCACAGACGACGAAGGCCACCGCACCGUCGUCCAUUAAGAAGACAAUCAUUAAAUGUCAAUAUCAUCCAAGAGUCGAGAGUUGUUGAUUCAGGAAGACGCAGCCCUUCCCCAUGCCCGAGACAGCCAACUAAUGAUGUCAUUAGACAUAUGGCUCAUCCUGUGAAUGAAAGGGGAAGCGAGAAUAAAAGAGUUUUUCCGUUUCAGUCGACACCGAGUGGAAAUCUCAAAGUCAUUCCCAAUCAAGUGAUUUUCGAAUCGAAAAAAGUGAGUGUCUUAGUUGCUGAUCCACGUCACGCAAAGGUGAACGUAAAAGCGGAGCCCAAUAAACCGGAAGUGGAGAUUGGUGAUACUGGACAAGCAAAGGAUCUACCGCCGGGUGUGACCCCGUCAGCGAUUGAUCAUCUCCAAGCACAGAGGAAACUACCGAGAAUACCCACUCAGUACGUGCCAAGAACUCAACCGCAGAGGUCAAAAUUACGUCAGGAUCAGAUGGAGGUGAAACAGAGCAAUCAAGCCAAUCAUCAUCGUCAUCAGCCAGGGAAUGAAGUACCACUGGCGUCCCUUGGAUUUACUGUGGAACAGCCGAUAGACUGGGAGACCGUUAAUUUACCCGAAAAAACUGAUUUGUAUGAAGAAUUAGCAAGAAGAAUCACUAAUUACAAAAAUGCAGAUUGUAUAGUGCAUUUGGGUCACGACGAAUUUCACUGUCACCUCCUAGUUCUCCAGAGUUACAGUGCCUUCUUCGACGAGAAAAAUUGCAAAGAGAUCGACUUAACUGGGAGUAGCGUGACAUCAAGAGCAUUUUCCAUCAUCUAUGACUGGAUGAUAAGCUGCAGCAGUGAUAGUUGUCAUCUUCUGAGGAGGGAUAAUAUCCUUGAGAUAUUUACUGGCGCACAAGUGCUCGGAAUUAAAGAGUUGGAAGAGCAAUGCUGGUCUUUCAUCGAGAACGAAGAUUUGUUCAGUGAAGACACGGCAUUCUUACUCUACCUCGAGGCCAAAAAAAUCGGAAAUACCGCUGUCAUGGAGCUCAUGAUCCCCAGGAUAAUGAAAUUCUUCUUAAUGCUCGUCAGCACCAAAGAUUUCCUUGAACUUUCUGUGGACGAACUUUGUCUACUCCUUCGCUCUGAUCACAUUUGCGUUAACAGUGAAAUGGAAGUCUUAAUGUCAGCCGUUAGAUGGCUGAUGUACGACUGGGAAACCCGUAAAGAAUAUCUACUCGAUGUUCUCAAAUGUGUGAGAUUUGGUCUUAUCGCCCCUUGGCAGCUGGUUGAUGUCAAAAGAAACCCAGAGAAUCCAGAAUUUAUGGAACUUAUGUCCUAUCCCGAGAUACAAAAAAUGGUGGAUGACGGGCUUGCAUUUGUGAUCAUUAAGUACUGGUACGGAAAUCAGACCGAGGAUUAUUACCACUGGAUUGAACUAUUGGGACUCACUGAACCGGCUAAUCGCAAUUGGGCUGGUGAAGAAAAGAACUAUGUGACAUAUCGGGAAUUCCUACUGUACCUCGAGGAGUACCAGAGGACGAAAAUAGGUGAAUUGAAGGCAAAAAAUAUUGAAAAAUCCCAGACUAUGUCGAACGACUGCACAGAACCGCCAAUCAGACAGCCUAAUAACUACCAGAAUCUGCAUAACCCCAGGUCAUCCUCAUCAGGUCUAGUGAAUUUACCCCCAAACAUUGGUGGCAGACCCUCGAGAUGCCCAAGGAUGUCGGUUGGGGGUCAGGGAGCUCAAGGAGCACCUCCCGGCUUCGGUAUGCCGCCUGAAAUUCUCAGCAAGUACUUGAGCAGCCUCGGGAGUCAUUCCAAGGUGAUUAUUCCCAGUCGCACUGAUGUAUCUCAAACAAGAAACAAGGUGGAUGAUGUUAGAUGCGAUCAGUGGAAAUCAAAGAGUGGAUUGAAUUGGAAAAAAUUGAGACAGAGAAAGAGGGGAUUUUACCGGGCUAAUGGAGAAUACUCGGAUUCUUCGAAAUCUGAGGAGGAAGCUGCUACUACUAUACAGGCGGUUUAUAGGGGAUAUAAAACGCGACAGACGUUUCAAGAGAUAAAAAAAAUGUCAUCAGAGGAGAAUCAGAAUGCAAGAAGAGUGGCUCACUUACUAUCGAUUCCCUCGAUCAAUAAAAAUAAUUUGCAUCAGCCCCUCGAGCCCGUGAGGCUACCAGAAAUUGGUGGGGUAUCCGGAGACCCUAAAAGAGUAAAUAUUGAAACUCCACAGCCAACCCCUCGAUCUCGCGAGCCCCCAGAGGCAAUUCAAACCCUCCACCCACCGAAUCCCCUCGACUUUGACGCCGGAACGAGCUCGGUGUCUCAAUUUUUCGACACAGACACCGACGAUCCCUUCACCCCAAGGCUACAGAAGUCAGCAAAUACAAAUGUAGAGGAGACUGUCCUAGUUUUCGGUGGAAUUGAUCCACACGUGGAGUACGGCGUCCCCGGUAACACUAGUAGAGACAUUUACAGGUACAAAUCAGUGGAAAAUGUCUGGGAGUUUGUGGGUGAGAUACCGGAGCCGAGGCAUCACCACUCUGUAGGUGUUUUAGGGGGGAGAAUCUACUUAGUGGGGGGUGCUGAUCCCUGCGAAGACACCCUCCAAAAAAGAACUCCAGUCGUGGGAACAGUCUGGAGUUACGACAUCGACACGCGAAGUUGGUUCAACGAGGCAGAAUUACUGACACCAAGGAGGAACUUCGGACUUGUCGUCAUCAAUGGGAGGAUGUACGCCAUUGGUGGACAGGACAAGAACGGAAUGGCUCUGCGAUCAGUCGAAGUGUUCGACCCUGCGGAGGGCACUUGGCGCAUAGCUCCCCCCAUGCACACAGCCAGAAUAGGCCCAGCAACUGUGAAAUACGGUAAUUACAUCUGGGUGGGAGGGGGAAUGACAAUAUCGAAGAGGGAGCCUCUCUCCAGAGACGUCGAGUGCUUCGAUCCCUCGAAAAAUACAUGGAUUAAUAUCGAGCCCCUACGUGUUCCGAGGUGCUUCGCCUCCUUCCACGUAAUGUUCGAUACGUUGUACUUGAUUGGAGGUGCUGGGAGGUCAUUGAAAAAUGCAAGCAUGACAGAGAGCAUCGAUAUUAUCGAUGUUUGGAACCCUGAGCUGAGGACUUGGAGGGAGUUCUCGAAAAUGACUACAGGAAGACACAGUCAUUCGACUGGUUCAAUAGGUAAUCAAUUGAUAAUAAUUGGGGGAUUGACAACCAUUUUCAUGAAGACGUUAAGGACAAUCGAGUGCUUUUGCUUCGAGAGGUCGAGAUGGAUUAAAGGAGUCGCUACACUCCCUUACGCAGUGUCUGGACAUGCCAGUGUCUCUCUUCAUUCAGAAAAUUACUCCAGGCAUUAUUGA